AUGGCUCAUUCUAUUUGGACCGAUUUAUGCAGCCAACCCACUCACCCAGUGUCCACUGAAAAGUAUGCAACGAUUGUCUACGAUUCGACCAUUCGACUCCAUCAACCCAUUCACUCCAUGUUGACAACUCUGGAUCGGCGCGCCAUGGCAUUGACCAAGCUUGCCAACUUUGAAUCAGCUCUUCGUAACGCCAACGUUAUGCAACAGCUCUCGCCCUCUUCACCACUCGGGUAUUUACGUGCAGCUACCAUUUACAGCGAGCAAGGGAAACAGCGCCAUGUCAUUGAUGUUUGCAACAAGGGGCUGAUGAUGGUGGAUCGUGAUGAUAUGCAUUACGGUGUAUUGCAAAAAGCCAGGGCCGAUGCUGAACAACGUGAGGACAACCGAAUCGACUUUGUUAGCCAACUACCUCUCGACAUUGUUUUUACAACACUCAUUCCCAUGUUUAUGGAUGAUGAUUUUAUGAGCGCAGCGAGACCAAGUCCCUAUUUAUUUGCGUCCCAUGCAUGGCGUGAUCGGAUUGUUGAAUGCUUUGGUGGAUUGAGGUUUAUCUUUGGAAAUGACGAGGGACUACGUCAUGAGGAGUGCUUGCAAGUCAUCGAGUUUGCUCAACACACAAAGGAGUUGCUAGUACAAAGUCAUUCCGAAGGAACAUGGUUCUGUGAGUUGCUAUCCGAGAAUGACUUUUGCAUAUUACGCAAGCUAUACAUUGGUGAUCUCAUACACACACAUGGUGAUCGCAUUGUAUCGUGCCUUGAAUCCAUCAGCAACACAUUGACCGAUUUGAACAUCUCGUUGGAAGGAACUACGCUACGCGUACCAACAAUAGUGGAGGCGUGCCCCAAUCUUGUGUUGCUCUGCAUCAAUGAUACGCCAGAUGUCGAUGUCAGCUCUCUUUCCAUGGCAACAUCGCCCACAUUGACAACAUUAGCGCUUACAUUUUCACACACGGGCAUCACAUGCGAUCAGAUCGUUGAGAUUUGGAAGCGUUUUCAAUCACUAAAGAGACUUGAGCUUCACCCAUGUACCGAUAUCCAAUCAGCACUCAUCGUCUUGCAACACGCUCCAUGGAUUUCAAACAUCGACCUUGUGAUGUGCGAUGAUGAUGGUAUUGAGCUUACCUUCUCUUGUGAAGAGCAUCCGAGUGAAAGAAUCGGGAUCAAGAACCUUACCAUCAGCUCAGAAACAGAAAAAGCAUGCACGAAUACCACUUCCAUUGUAAAGCAGCAUCACAACACCCUUGAAAAGAUUGAAUGGGUCAUGGAUACAAGCUGCGAUACCGACACGAUUGACGACCGUCAGUACCCCCAUCUUAAAAAACUUCAUAUCUAUAUUUCGGGUUGGGAAUUACCACGCAACGCACCAUUGCUGGAGGAUUUGAUAAUGACAUCACAAACCAUCAAGCGACACCCUGCAACACUUGAUACAAUCCCACCCAAUCUAAAAAAGUUGACUUUGGACCUCAAAGCAGGACUCGAUGCUGCCAGCAAGUCAUCCAUUGAACACUAUUUGGAUCGCCUCGCUCAACACCAGCUAAAGUAUCUUACCAUCGCUUUGGACAGCAAGGACAACGUUGACAAUUUGCUUCAUGCCAUCCAUCGCCACAAUCAGCUUGAACACCUAAAGGUCACUUUGAAGGGAGUUUGGAAUUCCUAUUCAAUGGAGCAAUUCGUUCAUGGGCUUGUCAAUGGAUGUCCUCGUUUAAUCAGCCUGGAGCUCGUAUGCCAUGCUGCACCAUCAGCAAACACAAUGAAUAGCUUGAAGCAUCUUGAACAUUUGCAACAAUUAGCGUUAUUGAUCAAGGGCACCGAGGACUAUGACAACUUUUGGAAUGUAAUUCCCACCAUUCGUCAAAUCAAGUGUCUUGUGAUACAGGAUUUAGGUCCAGGAAGGGAUGCCAAAGUCAAAUAUCUCAAGCAACAAAGACCAGAUAUGCAGAUCACCGUUGAGGGAUACUACUCGCAACUUUUCAAACCACUCGCUUCUGCAUUUUGCUAG